GACAAAAAAAACACAGACAGUUCACAAAUGCUUGCUGACUACUCCAUCUAAAGUUUCGGGGGGAAAACAAGUAAAUAACGUCAUGGAAAUCAUUAAAGGUGGUUUAGAUGCCAUAUCCCGACCUGCGUCCGGCGAGCAAACGGGUAGCAGAGUUGGUCCUGCUGCGCCAUGGGAACUUUUGGUUUUGAGCAACGAUUCUGCUGACGUCCAGCAGAACUGCAGAGGAGAAAUGGAACACCGUGGUGGAGCCUCAGAAGCUGGCAAAGAUCAGUCUGAAAUUGCAGAUGAGCAAAAUGAGGAUUCAAAGCUGCAGCAGGCCUUUGAGGAAAUGAGGCGGCUUGAUGAAAUCCUGUCGGCAGAAAUCUUCAAAGAAAAAGAAAUUCGGCGUCAAAGAAAAGAGCUCCAAGCAAAACUGUGGAAAGAGCUCCAGAGAAAACCUGACAGAUACCCAGAAUGUGCUCAGGAAGCUUUGAACACGAAGCUGUUUUUGGCUUUGGAAGCCCCACCUUGUAAAGAAGCAGAGGACUGGUUUGCACCCCUGUUUGAAACCCAGGUUCCUGACUGUGAGCAUGAUGGACGUGACCAAGGCUUGGAUCAAACUGAAAAGCAACCGGACAGCUUGACUGAGUCAUUUAAAGGAAGCAGUGCAAGUAUCGGGGGCUUCCAGUUUGUGAAGAGCAACAGCAAAACUCCCAAAACUAAGAAUAAAGAGAGGGACUUCGUCCAGAGGAACAUCGAGCUGGUAAGCAGUGAGGUGGGUGAAAUGCCUUUGACCCAUGCAGAGAAAGCGCGUCUGGCUGAACUCCUUCAAGAAAUAAAUGAAGAGGAAAAGGGCAGCGCCAGUGGCACAGACAGUAAGGAGGCUAUGUGGGCUACGUCAGCCUCAGCAGGCCAGGGUUACACCCCCGAGCCUUCUGAUCUGGAGCAGCUGAUGGAGAUUGACUCUAAAAUUCGCCUGCUUCUUCCUGCUGCAGAAUUUCACUCUCUGGAGAGCUCAUACACAGACCUAAGCGUGUCUCAGGGCCCCGGCUCCAAGGUCGGUUGGAAGCACGAUGGGGACCGGCAGCCAGGAGAGAAGGUCCUGCAGGAUAUAAAGGAGAGGAGAGAACUGGAGAGACGGCUCCAACAGAUCCAACAGCAGCUGGAGAUCCUGGGUGGUGGCCAGGAGAUGACUAAUGAGUCAGCAGACCUUAUUGAGGAGCAGUUGCUUUGUCUGCUCGGUGAAUGUGAGCGGACAAAGAGCUGGAGCCGGGACAAUCAAAGAAACGGAACAGUGCCAUCAGAACCUUGAGAAUGUACAAGUUGUCCAUCUGAAUUACUGCUUCUAAAACAUAUCACAAUGGUUUUGUUUUCAUUCUUAAAGGAUUAUAAAUCAAUGAAAUGGAAAUAUUUACUCAGACUGAUAAACACUUUUAUAUUCUAAUAACCUUCUCGUAUACCACAUGUAGCUGGAAUGCAGCCUGUUGCGUCAAUUUGUGUUCACCUUGAGGACGCAGCUGCUGUGCCGCUCUCUGUUCUAACCUCAGUGAAUGACAAACAACAUUGCUGACAUUAACUCGUAUGAUAAAGUAGCUAACUUGAAAUUCCAUAAUUCCAUAAAUUGGAAAAAAACCACUGCAUUAAAACAGUCAUGGUGCUACUUUAGGCUUUUUAGUGUUGUUUCCCGGUUGUAACGAUGUUACAAUAUUACUUUCCACCACAGAUAUCACAGCUGCACAAAAUGUGACUUUACAAUCUAUGGAGUUUUGACAUGUGUGUGAGAGGUUUCUGCACCUCCACCAGCAGUUUCAGUCUUGCUUUAAAGGAAUAAACCGUAGCAAGACUUGUAUUGUCUUAUCAGUAGUAUAAGAGGAUUCGGGUAAAAUUCAAUGUCUGUGUGUAUCUCACUCAUCACUGUGAACUGAUCACACCGAGGCUCUGAAACCUGAAAUGUUUUUUUUAUGACCUGUACUGCCAGUAUUGUCUUGAUGUAUCUCAAUAAUCCAGGUAGAUUUUUUUGUAUUACUGCUAUUAUUGUGUAGUUGUAUUGUUUAAUUAGACCAUAAACCUUCUGAUAUAUUGCUUGCGUUUUCUACCCCUUCUUCUCUCUCAUCAUAGCUUAACAUGAUGCCAGGACUAUACUUUGACUAAUUACAAUCACAGGUACAUUUGGUAUUUGAACACACACAUCUUACUUCAGGUGUAAUGAACACAGCUAUUAUUGGUGAGGGUUUCCCCGACAGAAGGUUGAAGGAGUUGAUUUAAUUAUGUGCGUGUGCAACUUUUAUUGUUUAUGUCCUGUUACAGAUCUGUGAUUUAAUGGAGCUCUUUGAGGAAGUAUGUGGCUUUUUGACUUCAAGGGUACAACGGGGGGUGGGGGUUGCAUGAAUACUUCCUUGUGUGUUCCUUCCUAGUUCCGUGUGUACAGAAUAAAUAACAGGCUUAAAGAUUUGCUCCCUUGACUUUGGUUAUGUAAUACAAAUUUUUACCACCACACA